CUGUCCCUCCAGCAUUCACAGGAACAUGUCUGCUCAUGCAGGUGGAUUUUCCUGGAGGAGUCGCUAUCAGCCCAGGCCUCCAAUUGAUGAGCUCCACCUGAGGUUCCCAAAGGAUCUUCUUCACCACCAAUAAGGGCUUAGGCUGCUCCAGGCUGGAGGGAUGGAGAGACAGGCCUCAGGUGCAGCAGCCCAGGACCAUGGAAGGAUAGGAAAGGCCCUGCCAGGACAGCAAGCCUCUGCAGGCUGGCCAAUCAGCGACCUCACUCAGGAAAACAAGCCCUGUUUGGUUCCAGGAGAACAAUCCGGUUGAAAGGUGAGCUGCUGGGGCCUGAGCCUGGCUCAGCCAACUGCAGAGCUUCGGGGAGAAGUUAUCCAGGAACUAUGAGGAAGUGAGCGAGGUCUGGCCCUCAUUUCCCAGCCCAGCAGCCUGCUCUCCUUGGAAAGGCUCACUGGCCGGCCUUGUGGAGGCCCAGUGUGCAAAGCCAGGCCCAGAGCCCAGGGCAUGGCGCUGGUGGAGGGGAAUACCCAGCCUGAGAGCGCCUCCCAGCAGCCCUACGUCUUCAAGGUGGUUCUCCUGGGCAGCAGUUCUGUGGGCAAGUCGAGUCUGGCCUUCCGACUCAUCAAGAAUGACUUCAAGGACAUCCUGCCCACGCUGGGCUGCGCCUUCUUCACUCAGAUGAUGGAACUAGACGGCUCGGCCUUAAAGCUGGAGAUCUGGGACACUGCGGGGCAGGAGAAGUAUCACAGCGUCUGCCACCUCUAUUUUCGGGGAGCUAAUGCUGCUAUCUUGGUCUAUGACAUUGCAGACAAGGAUUCUUUCCACAGGGCCCAGAACUGGUGGAAGGAGCUGGAGAAUGAGUUUCAACCUGAAGAAAUUGUGGUGAUUUUGGUAGGCAACAAGACGGAUCUGGAGGAUUCUCGGGAAGUGACCCUCGAGGAGGGAAAAGCAUUUGCAGAAAGUAAAAAGUUACUGUUCGUGGAAACCUCAGCCAAAUUAAACUACCAAGUGACUGAAGCCUUCAUUGCUGUAGCUCGUGAAUUGUUGAGAAGAGAAGAACAAAAUGGAGGCCAGAGUCGGCAGAGAAGCCCCCCAGUGGAUCUGAAGGAGACGGCCAGAGCAAGGAAGGUCAAAUGCUGCCAGGACUAGGGGGAGGUGGGCGCCAUGGGGAGCCCUCCCCUCGCUCUGGCUUCCUGUUGGGCUCCGGUCAUGAACAUGAGUCUCCCGGCCAAUUACCCAAACUGCCUUUGCCUUGCCUGAUGGAUAGACCCGCCCUGGCUAUGGCGGUGUGGACCUUGAAGGUUGACGGUUGACAUGCCGGACUUGCUGUCUUGCAGGUCCCCCUCCCAGGAGUCAGAGGAAAACCACUGGGCCUCAAAGGAAUGCUUCCUGACGGAGCCUGUGGGGGAGGAAUGGGCCGGGGCCUUGUGGCUCUGGGAACACUCCAUGCCUCCACCCCCGGACAACUUCUCAGGGACACCACGGCCUCUUCCCCGCCUCCACCCUGCCCAUGGCAUCACUGGUUCAGAGCUGAAGGGGAGCUUGGAUCUGACCCAAGAGCUCCUGCCUCACUGGGUGGUUGAGAGGUUCAAAUGAGGUAGUCAAUCAAUCCAGGAGCAUUUAUUAAGCACCUGCUAUAUAUGAGACACUGCACUGGGCACUGGGGAUGCAAAGAAGAUGAAACAGUCCCUGUCCUCUAGAAGCUUCCAUUCUGUCAGGGGACUGAUGGUCAAUAACAUGAAAAGUGCCUUGGAAGCUUAAACAAAUGAACGUGAGCUGUUGUGGUCAUUGCUGGAAGGAAGCCUUAGCUCGGACCCCUCAUUUUCAGAUGGCUAAUAAGUGGCAGGGCCAGGAUUUGAACCCAGGCCCUCAGACUCCAAAGCCUCUUAGAUCACAUUUCUAAUAAAUGAAUCCCUGAAAUACCACA